AUGCGGCGUCAAGUGGAACGCGAGCGCGAACUCGCCCGUCAACAAGCGGACCGGGAUCGAGAGCAGGCAGAGCGCGAGUUUGAACUCGCCCGUCAACAGGCUGUGGCGGAGCGCGAACUCGCUCGUCAUCAAGAGGAUCGCGAGCGCAAGCUCGCACAUCUCGAGUUCGAAGCAGAACAGACGGAACUGCACGCAAGAAUCGCUGCUCUGGAAGCUUCAGAUAAGUCUGCUAAAUCUCGUAGUUCGUAUUUUUCUGAUCAUAAUGCUGAAAGGCGUACUGCGACUUGGGUAUCCGAACAGAAUGCUAACAUGACCAUGGCAACUCAUGAAAUUAUGCCUGGCGAGGCACCAGCUGUCACCUCGAGUGAUGCUCUAGGACUUCAUUCAGCCGGCCGUCCCCACCAACAAGAGAACUUAGACCGUUUGAACAACGCCGUCCGCGGACAAGCGUACCAGUCCGUCGCGUCGCUCAUGUGGACCUGCGGCUCGCCCGACGACAUCGUGAAGGCCCUGGAGCAGACGUACGCCCGCCCGGAACUUCUAGUCGCCCGCGAGGUUGCCGAGCUACGCAACAGUCCAAAGCUAAGUUCUCCUCAAGACUUAAAUGGAUCCUUCCCAUCGACUUCACGUCCACGUCCCCGCGGCCUGCUGAAAGUGGUCCCGAUUGUACUCGAGGGUCCUGAUGGCGCGUUUGAGACAACAGCGCUACUUGACGAUGGCAGCGUUUCAACUCUCAUUGACGCCGAGGUAGCAGCACGCAUCGGCGCGAAGCCCACCUGUCCGGAGCGUCUUCGCAUUGAAGGUGUUAGUAAUAUGACGACGGAACUUGACGCACUCUCACGCUUCAAGGCCCUCGAGCGACAGAUGUCAAAGGACCCAGCGUUUGCCGCAGCUUUCCAACAAUUUAUAGACGACAUAAUCAGUAAGGGCUAUGCCGAAGAGUGUGAUUCGAAGACCUACCACCAUCGACCCGCACCAAACGCCUCUUGCGUCAACCCAGAUGGCUCCAUUCGCUGGUACCUGCCUAUCUUUGGCGUCUAUCAUCCUCAGAAGAAGAAGCUGAGAGCAGUCCAUGACGCGGCUGCCACAACAAAAGGCAUUAAAAUCGCCACAAGGGACAGGGACGCCCAACGCUUUCUCUGGCGCGACAAAGACGGUGAGAUCAAGGAAUACCGCAUGUCAUCAAUGAUUUUCGGCGCGGUUUCGAGUCCUUUCAUUGCCCUUUAUAUCAAAAACAAAAACGCGAUGAUGCACGAAGGUGAUUUCGCUACCGCCUGCAAGGCAAUAAUAGAAGACCACUAUAUGGACGACUACCUCGGCAGCCACUCUAAUGUUGCCGAUGCAGCUCAACUAGCCGUCGACGUCAUUACAGUGCACAAGAAAUGUGGUUUCGAGAUGCGAGCGUGGACGUCUAACCAUCCAGAGGCACUCUCUCUUGUCCCGAAGGAACUUCGUAGCGACGCAACUUCUGAUGUUUACCUGCCUCCCAGUAGUGACGUCGGCGUCUUGGGCGUUAAAUGGAAUCCACGGCAAGAUUUCUUAGGGUUUCGUGGCGUACCUCAGAUACCGACCAGCAUUUUAACAAAACGCAUUCUGCUAUCGAACGUCAUGAAAGUCUAUGACCCUCUUGGCCUACUGAUGCCGGUCGUUAUUUGGGGUCGCAUUUUAAUUCAGAGAUUAUGGCGGGCAGGUGUUGGUUGGGACACAGACUUACCUGAGAUGUACAUAAACGAAUCUAAGGACUGGUUUGCACAGCUGCAGGUUGCAGCAGAUAUUAAAAUCCCUCGCUGGUACAUGGUCAGGUCAGAUUUGUCGGACGUUCAGCUGCACGUCAUCGCCGACGGUGGCGAACAAGCCUACGCCUGCGUUGCCUAUUGGCGUUUCACUUACAGCGAUGACUCUGUAUCGACAGCCCUCAUCGGUAGCAAGGCCCGAGUUUGUCCCCUGAAACCGGUUUCCAUCCCAAGACUGGAAUUACAAGCGGCGCUCAUUGCGUCGCGUUUUGCGCAGACAAUUCUGCAAGCCCACCGUUUCAAGCCCUCCGCAACCAUUUUCUGGACUGACUCAACCACUGUCCUAAAGUGGAUCCGGAGUGACGCUCGCGCUUUUAAACCUUUCGUAGCACACAGGUUGGGAGAGAUAUUGGAAACCACCAAUCCAUCCGAUUGGAGGUGGAUCCCUACCUUUCUCAACAUCACUGACGAUGCGACAAAACCAAAACGAACUGACUUUACUGCAUCUCAUCGGUGGUUCACCGGCCCACAGUUCCUUGUUGAACCGUCCUGUACUUGGCCGACCGAACGCGUCAUUGACGAGGAAGAGAUCUCACCAGACCCUGAAUUAAAAUCAAAUCUGGUGGUUCUGCUGCUCGACACCCCACACUUGAAUUUGUUACCUGAUCCAACGCGUUUUAGCUCCUGGCUACGUUUACUACGUGCCACGGCCCGUUUUCUUCAGGGCGCACGCCUAUUCCGGCUUAAACUGUCUCGGCCAAUAGAUCCAAAUUCCAAACUUUACAUUGAUAACACCACGUCUCCCCACCAGCUUCACGCGGCAGAUAUAAUAGAAGCAGAGAAGAUGUUGGUCCGUCAUGCACAGAGAGAGAGUUUUCCUGAGGAAAUAUCGAACUUACGAUCUUCGAAGCCAGUGCCCAAGGAGAGUCGGAUUAAGAAACUCGCACCCACACUAGAUGGAGAAGGCCUAAUACGUCAAAACACGCGCAUAAGUUCCGCACCGGGAGUGAAUGACGAGAUGAAAUCACCCAUGAUCCUCGACGGCCGCCACUAUAUUUCACGACUCUUGAUCCUCCACGAACAUAUCAAAGCCGCGCAUCAGUUUAAUGAGCUCAUCCUGAAUGAACUUCGGCAAAGAUAUUCAAUCUUAAGAGCCAGAGGAACCAUCCGUAGCGUAGCAAGCGCCUGCUUGAAGUGCAAGAGAUGGAACAUGAAACCUAUCCAUCCUCAGACCGGCAACUUACCACCAGAACGUCUGGAUCACCAUAAAAGACCAUUCACCCACGUGGGUCUCGAUUACUUUGGCCCGAUCCUGGUAACGCUAUAUCGGCGGAGCGAGAAACGAUACAUUGCCUUAUAUACGUGCCUCACAACCAGAGCGCUUCACCUCGAAGUCGUGAACUCACUCACUGCAGAUAGUGCUAUAAUGAGCCUCAGACGCUUCAUUGCUCGCCGUGGAUCGCCCACCACCAUAUUUUCCGAUAACGGGACUAACUUUGUUGGCUCUUCCCGCGAACUGCGCACCCUACACGACAAUUCGGUCAUAGAUUACGCCACUAACCAUAAAAUUGACUGGCGUUUUAUACCACCUGCAUCCCCGUUUAUGGGCGGCGCCUGGGAGCGGCUUGUGCGGACGGUGAAAGCAGCCCUCAGAUCCUGCCUAACAAAUCGAUCAUUGAAGGAAGAGGUCCUGUCAACGCUCCUACUCGAGGCUGAAUCAAUAGUAAAUUCAAGGCCACUAACAUACGUCCCGUCUUCCCCAGAUGCACCAGAGGCAAUAACACCUUUUCAUUUCAUCCUGGGCUCCUCAUCAGUAGUACCAUGGACCACGUCGCUGACAGACGCAGAUCUAUCCCGACGAUGUGACUGGCGAAGAACCCUGCGCCUAGCAGAUCAGUUUUGGGCACGUUGGCUACGCGAGUAUUUACCGACGCUUCGACCGAGGGGACCCAACAACAACGCGUUAAAUCUUAGCGAGGGUGAUGUGGUGUUGAUCGCCGACCCUACCCUUCCUCGUGGUUUGUGGCCACUAGGAAGGAUAGCAAAGGUUUACUUAGGACCCGACGGAGCGGUCCGCGUGGCAGACGUCCACACCAAAGGAGGCAUGCUACGCAGACCGGCCCGGAAACUUAUUCUGAUGGAGGCCGCACCUCAGCCAGUAGCCACCAGUGAUUAG